AUGUUAGUUCCCACAGUAUUCGAGAACUAUGUUACGGAUUGCAGGGUUGAUGGUCGAUCUGUUCAGCUGGCCUUGUGGGAUACUGCAGGUCAAGAAGACUAUGAAAGAUUGCGACCACUUGCAUACUCCAAAGCGCACGUCAUUCUGAUAGGCUUUGCUGUGGAUACGCCAGAUUCUUUGGAAAACGUAAAGCACAAGUUCCCUCCGCAGUGGAUUGAGGAAGCAAACGAGCGAUGUCCCGGCGUACCUAUCAUACUUGUCGGAUUAAAGAAAGACUUGCGCGAGGAUCCUCUGGCGAUUGAAGAAAUGCGGAAGAAGUCCCUACGCUUCGUCACAUCCAGAGAAGGAAGCGAAACUGCCACGCAAAUCGGUGCCAGGAAGUACCUUGAAUGCUCAUCGUUGACAGGGGAAGGAGUAGACGACGUUUUCGAAGCCGCUACGCGAGCCGCCCUUCUUACAUUCGAUAAGCGGAAGACCUCAUGUUGCAUCGUGCUAUGA